CAGAUCAUCUCGGUCGGCGGCGGCGGAUGACGACUUCUUCUCCCUGAGCUGAAGGCGAAGUGAAAAUGGUUUUGGAUCAUAAUGAAUUCACGCAGGACGCUGUUCGGAUCUCUCCUCAUCUGGUUGAAUCAGUUUUGGUCGGAGGGCGUCGUCUUUGAGCGACGAGCAUGUUGAACCACCUGAGGGCCCGGAGCAGGAGUCUGUUCUCCAGCUACAAGCCCGGCGGCCACAUCCAUCAAGUCCAAGAACCGAUCGAUCAGCUGGACCUGAUCAACACCUUCGUCAAGCCAUGGAACUCCAUGCAGGACCUGAGCAGAGACAUCUACGACCUGUACGCCGAGUACGAGCGCGAAGAGGUGGAGGACCGGCUGCCGGUGUCGCCGUCUCGUGUGCUGGUGUCUCCAACCAAACACCUGACCCUCAACAUCAACGUUGGAGGAACGGUUUACCUCCUGCCCUACAGAUUAGCUGCCCGGUACCCAAAGACCCGGAUCGGCCGUCUGGCCACCUACACGGAUCACAGCAAGAAGCUGGACCUCUGUGACGACUACGUGGUCCAGAGCAAAGAGUUCUUCUUCGACCGAGACCCCAAAGUCUUCCACAACAUCUUCAACUUCUACAGAACCGGAGUGCUGUGCAUCAGGGAGGAGCUGUGUCCCCACAACUUCCUGGAGGAGAUCCACUACUGGGGCGUGAGGAUCAAGUACACCCAUCGCUGCUGCCGCAUCUCCUUCGAGGAGAGGCAGGAUGAGCUGAACGAGCAGCUGAAGGUGCAGAAGGAGCUGCUGGCUGAGCUGGAGAUGGAGGAGGACGAGUCCGUGUUUGAUCACAUGACCUUGGGCUCGACCCGCCGGCGGAUCUGGAACCUGAUGGAGAAGCCGUUCUCCUCCAUCACCGCCAAGCUGGUGGGCGUGGCCUCCUCCUUCUUCGUGCUGGUCUCGCUGGUUGCCAUGACGCUCAACACCGUGGACGAGAUGCAGUACAAGAUGCCGUCGGGCCAGCCCAGCGGAAGGUUCUACGGCGAGAGCGUGGAGACGUUCUGCAUCACCUUCUUCACCCUGGAGUACCUGCUGCGUCUGGCCUCCACGCCGGACCUGAGGUGCUUCGUGCAAAGCGUGCUCAACACUGUGGACCUGAUCGCCAUCCUGCCGCAUUACCUGCAGAUGUUGCUGGAGCGCUUCGAGGACGACGGCGUCCACCAUCACUCCGGGGACAUCGAGGCCGUCGCCCGCGUCGGGAAGGUGGGUCAGGUUCUGAGGAUCAUGCGUCUGAUGAGGAUCUUCAGGAUCUUGAAGCUGGCGCGUCACUCCACGGGACUGAGAGCCUUCGGCUUUACUUUGAGACAGUGCUACCAGCAGGUGGGCUGUUUGCUGCUCUUCAUCGGCAUGGGGAUCUUCAUGUUCUCCGCCAUGGUGUACAGCGUGGAGCACGACGUCUACAACACCAACUUCACCUCCAUGCCCCACGCCUGGUGGUGGGCCGCCGUGAGUGAGCAUCUCCACGGUGGGUUACGGCGACAUGGUCCCGGAGUCCAACCUCGGCCGGCUCUUCGCCUUCGCCUGCAUCUCCUUCGGCAUCAUCCUCAACGGCAUGCCCAUCUCCAUCCUCUACAACAAGUUCUCCGACUACUACGCCAAGCUCAAGUCCCACGAGUACGCCAUGGUCACCAAGGCGCGAGGGAAGGUCCGCUUCAUCAAGAGGGCCGCCAAGAGGUUUGCAGAGUGCUGCGACGACGUCGUUCAGCCAAAGCCUCGUGGAGGUGGAAGGUUUGUGGACGUCAACGACGCGGGGUUGAAGCAUGCGCUGCCUGGAUAUUAGACCUGCCGGUGUCCAUGUCCAGUGGUCGCCAGGAGGAAGGUGGGGGACACACACCAGAGGACAAUUUAGAGACCAAUUGACCUGUUUUAGACUGUUGGAGGAACUCCAAAAAAAGUAAAAAACAAAGCAACUGGACUU